CUUAGACUCAAUAUGAAGAAGGAUCCCAGAAAAGGAAGAGAAUACAAGAAGAUCAAGGAAAGGGGAAAAAGCUCAAGAAAGAGAAAAAGGAAGCCAUUAAAGCUAAUGCCAAGGAUUUUGAACUUCUCACAGUUGAGGCCUUGAGUGAGGGGAUGCUGCUGCUCGGCUGCGUGAAGGAGUCUAAUGACUUCGAGUUAGUGGUCAGUUUGCCUAAUGGACUCACUGGAUUUGUGCAAGUGACGCACAUUUGUGAUGCAUACAGCAAAAUGCUGAAUGAGCAAGUGGCCACAGGAGAGCUUCUGGAGGAUUUGAACUCGCUCUCAGACCUGUACCCUCCUGGAAUGCUGGUCAGAUGCACUGUGACCAGCAUGGGGAAAACCAUGGAUGGACACCAGAGUGUCAAGCUGUCAAUUAACCCCAAAGAUGUCAACAAGGCACUGAACACCACAGCUCUUAGAUCAGGCAUGUUGCUCUCUGGCUUGGUAUCUAGUGUGGAAGAUCACGGCUACCUCAUAGAUAUUGGAGUCAGUGGUGCUAAGGCAUUUCUGCCUCGUCAGAAGUCCCAGAGUUACAUCAAAUCAGCCAACAAAGGGGCUGAGCUGAAAAUAGGCCAGUACCUGAACUGUCUCAUUGAAGAAGUGAAAAACAAUGGAAGAAUUGUCCGUCUGUCCAUCACUCGGUCGGAGGUUGCUGCGGCCAUUGCAACAGAAGAACAGAACUGGGCGCUCAGUAACUUACUGCCAGGGCUGGUGGUGAAAGCCCAAGUGCAGAAGGUGACCCCUAAUGGCAUCUCUCUGAGUUUCCUCUCCUCCUUCACUGGGAUUGUGGACUUCAUGCACCUGGAUCCGAAGAAAGCGGGGAGUUAUUCAGAAAGUCAGACGGUGAAGGCCUGCAUCCUCUCUGUCCAUCCCACCUCCAAAGCAGUACGGCUUACGCUGCGGCAGGUCUUCCUUCAGCCUGGAACGGGGCUUAGCCAGCUCGCCAGCAGUCGAAUUGGCAUGGUGGUGGAAGAGUCAGUGGUGAAAAGCUUCCACGCAAACACUGGCGUCAUCUUUGAACUGGAUGAUGGCACGCUGGCUUUUGCAUGUCUGAAACAUCUUUCGGACACCAAAAAAUCCUUCAAACCCGGGGCAUUUAAGGUGGGCAGCAAGCACAGAUGUCGAAUCAUUGACUACAGCCAUAUGGAUGAGCUCGCCCUGUUGUCCUUGAAGCAUCGAAUUAUUGCUGCUCCGUUUCUGAGAUACCAAGACAUCUGUCCCGGGCGUGUGGUGGAGGGCAAAGUGUUGGCUCUGAAACCCUUCGGGAUGCAGGUGAAGGUGACGGAUCACAUCAGAGGGCUGGUGCCUCACCUGCAUCUGGCGGACGUGCUCCUGAAACAACCCGAGAAAAAGUACAGCGUGGGAGGUGAAGUCAAGUGCCGGGUGUUAAUAUCCAAUCCUGAAGAAAAGAAGCUGAUCCUAACUCUGAAGAAAACUCUGGUCAUGUCAAAAUUUCCAGUCCUCACUAGUUACGAGGCUGCAAAGCCCGGCCUGAUCACUCACGGCUUCAUUGUGUGCGCUAGGGAAUUCGGCUGCAUUGUGAAGUUCUACAAUGACGUUAAAGGUCUGGUUCCCAAGAACGAGCUGAGCUCAGAGCCCAUACCUUCCCCAGAGAAAGUCUUCUACAAAGGCCAGGUUGUCAAAGUCUUAGUCUUAAAAUGUGAGCCUGAGCAGGAGAAGCUGUUGCUGUCAUUCAAUUUGAUGAGUAGACCUGUCUCUGAGGCCGAAGGAGAACAAAUUCCGAAGAAGAAUCGGCAAGUGGCUUACGAAACUGGACAGAUGGUUGACGUGAAAGUCCUGAAGAAGAAGGAUAAUGGCUUGGAGGUUUCCAUCUUAUCGGACAAUGUUUCCGCCCACCUUCCCACAAUGCACCUGUCUGACCACGUGGUUAACUGUAAACUCCUGCACCACUGGCUAGAAGAGGGUGACAUACUCCGCAGGGUUAUGUGCCUAAGUGACAAGGGAGGACACAUUACCCUGUGCAGAAAGCCUGCAAUGAUCUCUGCAGUACAGGAGGAGCAAGUGGUGAGGAGUUUCUCUGAAAUCCAACCUGGGAUGCAGCUGGCUGGUUAUGUGAGGAACAUUAUGUCCUAUGGAGUGUUUGUGGAGUUCCCAUUUGGUCUAGCUGGACUGGCCCCCAAAGCGGACAUGAGUGACAAGUUUGUGACGGACACCAAAGACCAUUUUGUGGUGGGACAGACUGUGGUUGCCAACGUGACGAGCAUGGACGAGGAGAAGCAGCGUAUCCUCUUGUGUCUGAAGCUGUCUGAGGUCAGCUCGGAAGACCACGCUGCUGAGAGCUUCUCCUUCCUGAGCCAGUGCUUUGAGGAGAUGAAGGAGGUCAGGGACAUUAUGCGCAGAAGAAAUCAUUCCAAGGUGGCCCAAAACCUCUGUGGAUUGAUGCCUGGGCAGAAGCUUGAGCUGGUCGUUCAGGAAGUGAGGUGUGAUGGCUCAGCAUUCUUUAGCCGCAGCUGUGUUGCUGGGCUGACCGUAAUAGCCACUCGCUAUCAUGUUGGAGACAAGAGUUUGGUCGCUGGUCAAAAAGCAAGAGUCUUAGUUCUCCAUGUUGAUGCUCUCAAAUCAGCAGUUCACGUCUCCCUUCGAGAAGCGCUGUUGAAUCCAAAAGCCAAACGGUUAAUGGAAAACUCCCAGCACCCUGCUGUCGUGCAGCAUGUAGCAGAAGAGUUUGCCAUUGCCUCAUUGGUGGAGACAGGUCAGCUGACUGCCAUUCCUGUGGCUUCUCACUUCAAUGACACAUUCCGUUUUGACUCGGAGAAGCUGAAGGUGGGACAAACUGUCUCUGUAACAUUAAAAACCGUGCUGACGGGUGACCAUGGUGUCCUGUUAGCAGUGCAAGGCCCAGCAAAGAAAAGGGCUUUUAUAAGGUCCUGGAAAGAGUCGGAGACAGGAGAAGAGGGUUUGACUGCAGUGAAACACUCCCUGUGCUUAGGAGAUGUGGUCAAGGGAACUGUGAAGUCUGUCAGACCUACCUAUGUGACAGUUGCCAUUGAUGACAAACUAAUGGGCUCCAUCCACACGUCCCAGAUCCUGGAUGAAGUCCCCAUAGGCUCCUUUCCAACAUCCAGGCUGAAAGCUGGGCAGAAGGUGACUGCCCGGGUCAUUGGAGGCCGAGAUGUGAAGACUUACAGGUAUUUGCCCAUCACCCAUCCACACUUCACUCAGUCCAUUCCAGAGCUCAGCAUUCGACCCAGUGAUCUGAAGGGGGAUGGCGGCACAGCUCUGAGCCCCAAAGGAGACAAUCCCAGUGAGCGGCUCAGGCCCUACAAAGCUGGGCAGAUGGUGACCUGCUUUGUGAAGAAGUACAACGCCAUAAAGAUGUGGCUGGAGGUGGACAUCACCCCUGAGGUUCGAGGAAGAGUUCCCCAGUUGCUGCUUUCCCUUAACCCCAAGGUCUUAAAGCAUCCAGAAAAGAGCUUCAAGAAUGGUCAAGCUUUGUCUGCAACAGUUACUGGCACAGAUGCCUCUGAGACCAACCUCUUCCUGUCACUUACAGGAGUCCACUCGCUGGCAGAAGGAACCGUCACCCUGGGCACCGUAAUGAAGGUGACACCACACGUCGGCCUGACCGUUGCACUUCCCUUUGGAAAGACCGGCAAAGCCAGUAUCUUUCAUCUGAGCGAUUCGUAUGCUGAGCAGCCGCUGAAGAACUUCAGCAUUGGGAAGCUCGUUAGGUGUUGUGUCCUGUCCAAUGAAGACAACAAAAUAGAAAUAUCUCUCCGGCAAUCCAGGACAAAUCCAAAGAGCAAAAACAAAGUGGAAGAUCCUGAAGUGCAACGUAUUGAGGAUGUUCGGGAAGGCCAGUUGGUUAGAGGCUAUGUCAGAUCUGUCAAGCAGUCGGGUGUGUUCUGUGGUUUGUCCAGCUCAGUUGUGGGCCGAAUCCAAUUCCACAAAGUCGUCCCCUUCUUUGUACCGAAACAAUCCAUGUAUGAGCAGUACAUGCCGGAAGGGAAGUUCCUCACUGCCAAGGUCCUCAGUGUAAAUAAUACAGAGAGCCAUGUUGAGCUCUCUCUCCUCCCUGAGGACACUGGGAAACCAAGCGUCCUGCCCAAGUCGGUGGGCCUGCCGCGCUAUGACGCAGACGAGGGGAAGGAGAAGAGAGCAGAGUUCAAGAAGGUGAAGGCAAAACGGAAAAGAAGAGUCUCGGAAGGCGAACAGUCUCUUUCCAGUGGCUCACCCUUCCCCCAGCCUUCACUGCAGGAAGUGAAGCCGAGGAAAAAGCGAGCUCGCCUGACGGACGAGGAUGACAGUGGCAUUGAGGUCUUUUGCCGGGAGGAGGAAGAGGAGGAUGAGGAGGAGAAUAAAAGGAACUGCAAGCAGGAGACAAAAUGUGCGGAGGUUCCAAGACUGCAGAUUUCUAGUGGCUUCACUUGGGACGAGGGUUUAAAUGCCUUGGAGGUACCAAUAUUAAAUCCGAAAGAGGAGAGCUCAGACAGCGAGGAAGAGGACAACGCACAGUCCACGAGGAAGAAGCAGACGAAGAAGGAGAAGGAACAAGAGAAGCAGAGGGUGGAGAAGGAGCUCUCCAAGGUCGAAGCCGCCCUGAUGGACCCCAAUCGGCAGCCCCAGACCGCAGACGACUUUGACCGCUUGGUGCUGAGCAAUCCCAGCAGCUCUAUCCUGUGGCUGCAGUACAUGGCCUUCCACCUCCAAGCCGCGGAGAUGGAGAAGGCCAGGGUGGUGGCAGAAAGAGCACUCAAAACCAUCUCCUUCAGGGAGGAGCAGGAGAAGCUGAACGUCUGGGUAGCUCUGCUGAACCUAGAGAACAUGUAUGGCACGGAGGAGACACUGAUGAAGGUCUUUGAGAGGGCUGUUCAAUACAAUGAGCCCCUGAAAGUCUUCCAGCACCUGGCUGACAUCUAUACCAGCUCUGAGAAAUACCAGCAAGCUGAUGACCUGUACAACACGAUGCUGAAGCGUUUCCGCCAGGAGAAAUCCGUGUGGUUGAAAUAUGCCACCUUCCUCCUGAAACAGGGCCGGGUGCAGGCCACGCACAGGCUCCUGGAACGCGCCCUCAAGGGCCUGCCAGAUAAAGAACAUGUGGAUGUGAUUUCCAAGUUUGCUCAGCUGGAGUUCCACUUUGGGGACCCCAAACAUGCCAAGGCCAUUUUUGAGAGCACGCUGAGCAGCUACCCAAAACGCACAGACAUCUGGUCCAUCUACAUAGACAUGAUGAUCAAACACGGCAGCCAGAAGGAAGUACGGGAUAUUUUCGAGCGGGUCAUUCACCUGAGCCUGGCAGCAAAGAGGAUGAAGUUUUUCUUCAAGCGCUACCUGGAUUAUGAGAAGAAAUACGGCACGUCGGAAACCAUCCAGGCUGUGAAAGUAGCAGCGCUGGAGUACGUAGAGUCCAAGAGCUCUCUUGCCGAGAGCUAACUCCCAGAGCAGAGAGACUCAAAUCAUGUUGCAGACUCCAUGUAUGUGGUGCUGGAAAUGGAGAUCCACUGUAGUGGGCUGCCUGUGUCCAUAACUAGUGCGUUUCCUGAGAGUAUCAGCAGCCGGGCUGGAUUGUCCAGGACCAAACUGAGGCCGAAAGAAGUAAACAUUUACAGGAGCUUUUCAUCUUGCCCCACUGUACAACAGACUUUUUAACAUGUGGAUGAUUUUGAAUCUAGUUAAGUGCUGAUUGUUUUAUAACUGGUAGAAACCGCUGUCCUCUGUACUGCUUUCGUGUCGAAAUGGGAAAAUUAGUGACUCCCCAUCCAUUAAAUGCAAUGAUCUGGCAUAA